UGUGGCUAUGGCGCUCCCAGAUCCGGGCCGGCGGCUUGGCGCUUCGACUUCAUGGUCGGAUGACGAGGCAGUGUAGCUGAUCGAGAGAAUGUAGGCUAGGGAUCGAGCAGGAUGGAUGGGAUUGAGUCUGUGUAUGGGCGCGGCGCGCUCGGCAAUCUCACAAAUCGCAGCAGGCGUUCCAAUGGAACAGCUGGGCCGAGCAGUCCAUUGUCUCUCUCCCUGGAUCCCUUUGUGUGGGAGAGCGGGUAUGAGAACCGUGGAGGCGGGGCAUGGGUUUCGAGGAAUACUCCUCCAUUCGACGAGGAUUGCGAGGGCGUGUAUGAGAUGAAUGGGGCAAGUCCGGCGAUUUCACCGCGGGGAGGAAGCCCGAAUGGUGGUGUCAAGAACAUAAUGCUUCUAGCCAAGGACAAGGAGGCUUUGCUGGAAGAAGCCAUCAGGUUGAAGCGUGCUCUCCACGAGAAAAGGUUUUAUCUCAGGCGAAACCGAGUUCAUGCUACCACGAUUCAGAUCGAAAACAGUUUCACAGGAAGCUAGAGUUUGAUAUCAAGGAUAUGGAAGCG